UUUGCUUUAGCUGUUCCAGUUGCCAUAUACUUGCGUCCUAACUUAUACCAAGCAAUAGACCAUUAUUCAACAAAAGGGUAUGGACACCGAGUAAGAUCCUUAAAACUGAAAAAUAUAUAUGUAUAUAUAUACAUAUUUUUUUUAAUGGAAGAAACAAGGGCUACAAGAAUUUGAAACUGAUGGAAUGUUGCUAAUAAUUGAACGAACAAAUUUACGACCAUUAUCAUUGUGCGGUGCCAAGUCUACAAGUUCAUAUUUACCCAAAAGAAAUGUCCAUUCAAAAAGCCUUCGUUUUGGAAUAAUUGAUUCUCAAGCAGAAAAUUUUCAAAAAGUGAACAGUGUCAACCAAGAGGAAGUUAAUAAACUACAACAUGAGCUGAAUACAGUGUUAACUGAUAAUCGAUUUAAGUUUUUGAAGAACCCUGCAACUCAAAAAUUCAACUGGGAUGAGUAUUUGUCUAGGGUGACGCCGGUUGAUGAGUUUAACUUUAGCCUCCUUGGCAAGUUCUAUACAGCUUCGGAAGAUAAAGUGUUAAAAAAGACUGGCUAUAAAACCAACUCAAAGUUUGCUGGCUCAACAAGCUCUCUGACGGGCUUACUCUCACAAAUUCAUUUCUUCCUGAGCAAGUGGAAACCACCUAGUUUCCUAGGGUUAUCGAAAAAAUUUCGUGUAGCUAAGAACGAAAAUCAUUAUACACGUCUGUGUCGCUCGCCUACUUCCGUGCAUGUAUCGUAUCAAAAUGGUCUGCAUUGUAUCGACAAAGAUCAAAGCUUAACGUCACGAGAAAAAGGAAAUACAAUUCUUAUGGAUAUAGGCAAAUCAUUGGAGGCUUUUUUUACCCUAAGAAGAGAAGAAUACGAACGUUACUUAAAAAGUGAGAAUGUGUCACAAAAGCCCAAACCUCAAAUUGAUGUCUUUCAAUAUAGUAAAUGUCGUAGCCUCCUCAUUCGAUCUCAGUUGGAUUGUUUUGAUAGAACUCUACCAAAUUCGGGUGUUUUCGAUCUAAAAACUAGAGCUGUGCUUGGAGUGCGGCUAAAUCAAGCUGAACCUGAAAACUACGAUUCUUAUACUCUUGAUAGAUAUUACGGAAAUUUUGUUUCUUACGAGCGAGAAUAUUAUGAUAUGAUUAGAUCGGCUUUUCUGAAAUACAGCUUACAGGCUCGAUUAGGCCGCAUGGAAGGUGUGUUUGUUGCAUACCAUAACACAUGUCAAAUUUUUGGAUUCCAAUAUGUAAGUUUGAAAGAAAUGGACAAGGCAAUUCACUGGGGAAAGAAUAUUGGCGAUGCCGAAUUCAAGCUUAGUAUCCAACUUCUCGAAUCUAUUUUACGAUAUGUUUCUUCUAAAUUUCCAAAAAAAUCUGUACGGUUAAUGUUCUCUACACAAGGAAGGACAAAAGAUCCGGCUCUUCAAGUCUUUGUAGAGGUUGUAUCAGACAAGGAAAAUCAAAAGUUCGAUCCAGCCAAGCUUCAAAGACUGAAUUUAUCUGAAGAUGUAAAUUGUUCCGGCCGGUUUUACGCCUUUCAGGUUCGAUCGACCAGUUAUGUCAACGGAAAGAGAAUGUUCUUUGUUCGAAAACUGCGUGAUACCGACAGAUGGACUAUACAAUACAAAAUAUAUCCCUGUAUUAAUCAAAAGGCUAUGUACGAGAAAUAUUUGAUGUUAAGGUACAAGCUAAUGAAGGAUGAAACAAAGCCCAGAUUUGUUCCAUAUCGGCUGCUGAACUGGUAUUACAGAAAGCCAGCGACAAAGACAACUGGUUCCAAGGUUUCUGGAUAAAAACUAAAAUUCUUUUUUUUUGAUAAGUUAAUUUAGCAUUCUUUGUAAUUCCCCUCUCCCUAAAAAUCAUGAUUUAAUGCUUUUGAAGUCAUUCUCAAGUGUGAUACGAAAUUCGAUCGGUUGGUGUUUUGUUUCACUUAAUUACUUUCUUAUUAAAAGAAAAAGAAGAAAAGAAUUGUCUGAUAUCUUUUGAACAAUUUCUUAACUUAAGUUGUAGAUUAGAUGUAUAAUUGUUGAAUAUAUCAAUGCGUUACUAGACAAUACUAGAAUAUGCAUGAGAGAAUAAUUGGAUUUUUCCUCGUCAAGCUUUGCUAAAAGAGU